GAGUAACAAAUUAUUUUGGAUAUAGACCAUAUAUUAUAGAAUUUUUCAAAGAUAUUACCUGCAUCAUUUCACAGUAUCAAUCAAUCUGUUAUCUUCUUUUUUUUUUCUUCAUUCUUCUUCUGAAACUGUUAUUCCCAAGUACCGGGAAGCUUUGUUACCUGUGUUUUAACGAUGUCAGGACCUCAGUGUUGCUCAAACCCUCCAACCCUUAAUCCAAACAGUGGAGCAGGCCAUGUCGAGCAACUUGGUGGUCUUCCCUCCUAUGUCGUCGGCUCUCCAGACUCCAAGCUUGCCAUUCUUCUUAUUUCUGAUGUAUAUGUUUCUGUCUUUUGUAAAAGGAAAUUGGCAGACAAGGUUGCAGCUGCUGGAUUCUUUGUGGCAGUUCCUGACUUUUUGAAGGGAGAUCCUUAUGUUCCUUCAGAUGCUAAUAGGCAGAUAAAAGUUUGGAUUCAAGAUCAUAACACGGACGAGGGGUUUGAAUAUGCCAAAGUAGUGAUUCAAGAUCUCAAAAAUAAAGGUUUUUCUGCAAUAGGUGCUGCAGGCUUUUGUUGGGGUGCUAAGGUUGUGAUCCAGCUCGCAAAGUUUGACUAUAUAAAGGCUGCUGUGCUCUUACAUCCUUCCUUUGUCACUGUGGAUGACUGCAAAGAGGUUAAGGUUCCACUGGCAGUACUUGGAGCAGAGACUGACCAGCUCUCUCCACCAGAGCUUGUUAAGCAGUUCGAGGAGGUCUUAAAUGGAAAACCUGAGAUUGAGUCCUUUGUGAAGAUAUUUCCUGGAGUUGUACAUGGAUGGACUGUGAGGUAUAGUGUUGAAGAUGAAACAGCUUGUAAGAAGGCAGAUGAAGCUCACCAGGACUUGAUACAGUGGUUCAGUAAGCAUAUUAAAUGAAGGCUUUCGUAAUAGGAACCUUAAAUGUUCUAUGCUAAAACUAUUAGAAACCAAGUAUGGAGCACUAUCUAUCUCCCAUGUUUUAAAUAGUAGCUACAAGUGAUUUGGGUUAAUGUCAAAGACUUGGUCUUUGUCUUUAGAGUUUCAUAAAAGUUAUGUGAAGUAUUACAUCUUAAUUAGUACUUGGAUGUUCUUGUUGAGAAUAAUAUGAUUGUAAGAUAGUUCAAAUAUGAUGUUUUAUUAUUGUUAUUUGUUAAAGAGUAUCUGUUGUUUUCUACUCAAUAAAUGAGACACUUUACAAGAAA